AUGAGUGCUAUCAAUGAAGAGAUUGUUGAAGAAGAUGCCACCGAGAUGAAAUUCCCAAAGGAAUUCGAAUCGGCCGGUUGUGAUGCUCUUCUUACAUCUGAAGUUUUCCUUUUACUCGAACAUCGUCGACAACAGAGUGAACAGAAAGAUGAAAUUGAAGAAAUGAGUGAGGUCUUUAUCAAAACUUUAAAUUAUGCUCGUAGGCUAUCAAGGUUUAAAAAUCGUGAAACUAUUAGGGCUGUGAGAGCUAUAUUUGCUGGUAAGCCAUUGCACAAGUUCGAAGUAGCUCAAAUAGCAAAUUUGUGUCCUGAGACAGCAGAAGAAGCCAAAGCUUUAAUUCCAUCGUUAGAAAAUAAGUUAGAAGAUGAUGAAUUGGAUGAAAUUUUGAAAGAUCUGCAUAGCAAAAAAACGUUCCAGUAA